UGCUUCUCUUGACAGCUGGCCACCACCUCCAAAUCAAAACAAGGCAGCGCUGCAGGCACUGGCUGGAGCCCUUUCCACCGUCGCCACAGGUGCACCCGAGCCAAGAGCAGUGCCCUGGUGCUAACGGAGAGAGGACGGGUGGCAUGAGAGACGCUGGCCCUGGGCACCGAAAAGUCUUGAGACUGAGCUUUUGAAUAUUUGAAACCACGACAAGGGAUUUAAAAAUAGAGGUCUGACAAGACAGAUAUUGGCCCAGCAGCAAAACACUUGAAGUUGAACUGAAGUGAAGAUGACAAAUGAGGAGGACAAGGAUCCUGAUAUUGAACUUUUUGUCAAGGCUGGCUGUGAUGGGGAGAGCAUUGGAAACUGCCCGUUCUCACAGAGACUCUUCAUGAUUCUGUGGCUCAAAGGCGUGGUCUUCAAUGUCACCACAGUCGACCUGAAAAGGAAGCCCCCUGACCUCCAUAACCUGGCUCCUGGGACUCAUCCACCUUUCCUUACCUUCAAUGGGGAAGUGAGGACCGAUGUCAACAAGAUUGAAGAGUUUCUGGAGGAAAUGCUGGCUCCUCCCAAGUAUCCCAAGCUGGUUGCAAAGAACAGGGAGUCAAACGCAGCAGGAAAUGACAUCUUUGCCAAAUUUUCAGCCUAUGUAAAAAACACAAAAGCAGAGGCCAAUGCAAAUCUUGAGAGAGGCCUUCUCAAAGCUCUCAAGAAACUUGAUAUUUUUAUGAACUCCCCACUGCCCGAUGAAAUCGAUGCAGACAGCAUGGAGGAGGAGAAGGGAUCCACACGCAAGUAUCUGGAUGGAAAUGAGCUAACCCUUGCAGACUGCAACCUCCUGCCAAAGCUGCAUGUUGUCAAGGUUGUGUCUAAGAAGUACCGCAACUUCGACAUCCCAUCAGAACUGGCUGGGGUGUGGAGGUACCUUCAGAAUUCCUACGCCCGUGAUGAGUUCACCAACACCUGUGCAGCAGACAAGGAGAUUGAGCUGGCCUACCAAGAUGUAGCAAGAAGAGUUGCCAAGUGAGAAAAACAAACAAACAAACGAACAAACAAACAAAAACAACUCUGGUCCUGACAAAAAAAGAACAUUUUCUGGACAGGAUGUGAUCAAGAGGGUAGGGAACAGAAACGCUACCUGCUGGGAGUCUCUCUUAUAGAACCGUGUUUGUGAGGUCCUUGUUAUUGCACGACUAACUGAAUGUAGCGCUCUGUUAUGACACUGCUGUGCAUGCUGUUGCCAUUCUCCUGUCUUUAAACCCAUGUAGCAUCUACCUGCUUCAUGUUUCAUGUGAUGUGCCACUGAUCCUACCCUUAUCUCUCAGGCUGCAGCUCUUAUGGGGAAAUAAUGGGAAGUAGUUACAUUUCAUGUUUAUCAUAAUAAUUAUUCAUUGUAAACAGACUGUUUGCAUUUCUUGUUUUUUUGUUUUUUUGUGUUGUUUUGUCUAUCUGUGUUAUAGGUAUUUUACCAAACAUGCCAUGACUUAUGGCUGAAAAAAAAAACGUAUUUAGCUUAAAAAGCUUUAGGUACAUAAGAGUUUCAAAUGUAAGAUGGAUUUGAAUCAUCAGACACUCUUAACCAUUUACAACCUGCCUUAUUAUAAGUAUUGAGCUACUGAUGCUGUCUUGGACAGAGGGUGCACCUGGCCUGAUAUGUAUGUUAAUAUUUAUCACCUUUAUACACUGAAUGGCCUUUAUGGAUUUCUUCUCUUUUGUGUUUACAUGAAUGUUAGUCCAACACGUUGUGAUGAGGGAAUGUUGAAAUGAAUGAACUGAUCUGAAAGUGUGGAGAAGUGUAGAGUAAUCAUCCCAAUUAGUUUUUAUGAAUUAAUAAAUGAUAAUUGGACAUGUACAAUUGUCCAGAGAGAAGAAGUAUCAGCUCCAUCUAGUGGUGGUGGAGUGGAAUUUAUCGGGAUGAGGCAAUACAUGGAUGCUGACUCAAAAUGAAUGUAUAUUUAACAGAGCUGAAUUCUUUGGCUAGAUACAUAGGGAAUGUAUUUAUAUUAUUUGAAUGCCCUUUGGGUAGACACAAAGCCUUAAUAUAUUUAGGAUAUUCUGGAUGCAGUGACGUCUUUGCAGCAUUUCUACAACCAUAUAGUAUGCAUCAGUCCAUUUGUCUUUUAUUCCUUCAAAAGAUGCUCUGGAUGAUCUCUCAGGAGUCCUAUAAAUAGUUGAAUACCCUUCCAUUUGUAAACUGAACAUGAGGAUGAUUGUGCUUGAUUGAAUAAAGUUCUAUUUUCACACAAA